CGUCGUCGUCAAGAGACAGACGCAGUACCUAGUUGUAGCAGUGUCAUUGUGUUUAGAUUGUUGUCCCUGACGUUGUUGUGUACUGCAGCAGCUGCUUUAUCCUAUUUUCACUGAGAAACACGUCGUGGGGAUGUAGUGCGUCACAUUGCAGAUUACAUUAAACUCCUCCCUCGUUGAAAGAUAAUAAAUAUCACAACGGCACACUAGCUAGUUGCUAGUUGAGCAGCGAUGGAGUGGCGAAGCAACAACGACGGGGUGUCCGACAGCGAGUCCCCUGAAAGGGACACACGCUGUCCCCGCCAGCAGACCUCAUCAACACAGCUCUCGAGUUGUGCCGAGGCAUCCCUGUGCCAGGACCAGCAGCAGGGUUGCUCGGCAACCUCCAUGGUGUCCAGCUGGAUGCUGGCUGAGGCCCAGGACCGCCUUUGCGCUUUAAGGUUCCACAGCUCUGAAUCCCUGGAGCAGGAACAUGCUCGGACUCGGGCGAGCCCCACGGAGCUCACACAUACUGUGGAGGAGUGGCUCCACAAGGAGCUCAUGCUGGGAGGUCCGGAGCACAGUCGAGGACCUGUGCUCGGUGCUGACGGAAGUUGGGAUGUUUUUGAUAAAAGUAUCAUCAAUGACCAAAAUAAACUAUCGGAAGAAGAACAGUGCAAGGCGCCAGUCCACAUGUCUGAGCAAGACCUCAGGCACUUUGGUAUGUUACGACGAUGGGACGACAGUCAGCGAUUCCUGGCAGAGAAGCCUCAGCUCAUCUGCGAGGAGACGACCAAUCAUUUAUAUUUGUGGUGCAUUGCGCUCCAGCAGGAGGGGAAAGAAGCACUAAUGGAGCAGGUGGCUCACCAAGCAGUCGCCAUGAAGUUCAUCCUGGAGAUGGCCUCAAACUCACAGCAGGACCCCAGAGGCUGCUUCAGGCAUUUCUUCCAAAAAGCCAAAGAAGGACGGGACGUCUAUUUGGAAGUCUUCCACACCGAGCUUGAGGCCUUCAAAUCCCUAGUGAGAGAACAUGUGGUCAGGUAUAAAAGCACCAUGUCCAACAACAUAACCCAGCAGCCAAGCAACGGCACAAACUGCAGACUUGACCCCAAAGAAUCUCCGAACUUUUUAGCACAAGUGGCGGAGCACAACACCAAGUGCUGUUUAGAAACUGGACUGAUGAUAAACACAGAGAGGUGGACAAAGGACGAUUCCACGGAAAGUGACGAUACGCGCAUGAUGGAGACUUCUUAGGAAACAUGGCUGCCUUUCUUCCAUCUUCACCUUAUCCCCAUUUAGGAGCCCUUAACGACACCCAAGCACAACAGGAAAAAAAAAAGACCAGCACGAUUAGUCAGGUCUCGAAUGCCACCAUUUGUCGUCAGAGAAACGAGGUGAGUGUUGUGUUACAGUGGUGACCCGGUGUCCGCUUUUUAGAAUCUUUUUAGUCCUCUUGAAAAGUGAAAAGCCCACUGGAGACAACACGCUAAAUUGCUAAGGUCAAACAAACCCAUCAUUCAAUCAGCAUCAUAUCAUACACAAACUGCUGGGCCAAAGGUGAUGUGGUUACCAUGACAACCAAGGUUUGGGCACUUCAUACACUACAGUGUGUGAGCGUGGCUCUUGAUGCAUCUCACUCACAUUUUAAGAAGUGGACAUUUGCUCAAGUGCAUUUUGAUUAGCCCUCAUUUUGGCGUGCAGCAGAAUUUGUAGAUGGCCUGAUGCUAACGCAACAGAAGCGGCGUCCGUGUUGAAAUCCCGCGUUGUAGGCUAGACAAGUGCUUCUCGAAGGUUUUUAGGCCAAUGCUCAUAUUUAACAAUACAGAAAAUCUCACAGCAACCAGACAGAAAUGUUACAACUAGUACUGUAUAUACACUGAUGAUCUUUGCUCAGUUUACCCACAAAUUGACUUAGUCAGUGUGAAAUGUAUUUCUGUUGCUGUUUUUCUGUUACAUGAAUGGGAACAGAUGCUUAAUUAGAACUUCUGCAGACUAAUGAAAGAGCAUUUAAUUGUCCUGCCGGUUGAUAAACGUCACUGUCAUAAAUAGGUGAACUAAUAUACAUUAUUCAUGGUAAAUAAUCAAUUUUAGAAUAAUUAAGUGAGAGUGGCUCAUCUCCCACAAAACACUGGUUGGGGUACUGCUACAGGAUUCAGUGUAGAAUCGCCAAGUUUGUCGCCAUGAUUUUGCUUUAAUAUUCUCCUAAGAUUUUAAUUUCAACAUCUCCGGUUGACAUCAUUACGGGAAAAGGUGCAGAGAUGUAAAGGGCUCAGUUUUUUUUUUUUUAAAGUGUUGUGCUCAAUUGCUGAAAGAAGCUUGACUGUGUACUGCACUUUAUAGUUGACUUUUUUUUUUUUCCUUUAAAUUACAAUUGACUUAUUUUGAAGCCCUAGUAAAGUCAAAUACUUUAUACAAGCAGGCUUGUGGUACGUUUUUAAUUUGAACAGUCUGAAGAGUUUUUGUUUUGUUUGCCGUUUUCACGUUUGAAUGACUAAUUGUGGUCACUGUGCCAGUUUUCUCAGGCUUCCAGCUACAUUUCUGCUCAAUGUAAUAAUUUCAAGAAUAUAUAUAAAUAUAUAUACACCAAGUGUUUUUCUGCGGCAGAGUGGUAUUAAAUAGACCAGAUGGUGCAUUAAAAUAUAUGAAAGAUG